CUCUCUGGGCCUCAAGCCGAAAGGAAGAGACACCGGGGAAGUUCCGGUACCCUCUGGGGUAGAAGAAGCUGCCAUGGAAGAGCCUGCAGCUCCCUCUGAAGCCUCUGAGGCACCUGGGGCAUCUACGGGUGCCGAGGCAGCCCGGGAGGGUGCAUCUGGGCCUUCCCUCCGCACGCGCCCGGUCUUCCGGCAAUUUUCAGCUGCAGGUCCGGCCCCCCUCCGCACGUCACGUCUGAGGCCUGCCCAGGCUGCAGGGGGAGGGGCUGGGCUCAGUCUCCUGCCGGGCCGGAGUGGUGGCAGCUGGACGAAGCAAGUCACCUGCAGGUAUUAUCUGCAUGGGCUUUGCAAGGAGGGGGAGAACUGUCGUUACUCUCAUGACCUCUCGGGCCGGCAGGUGGCCAGGGAGGGCCCUGGUCCUGCAGACCAAGGCCCUAGCACGGCUGCGCAAGCUGAGACCCUUCCUCAGGAAGUGGCGGAAGCCCCUCCCGCUGCAUCCUCUUGCUCCUUGCCUGUGAUUGGUUUGGCUGCUGAAGGGGGUUCCUUUGAAGCUGGGAGAGACAAUGCAGGCCUUGAAGCUGCUGGAGGAGCAGGUGCGGAAGGCUGGGAGAAUGCCAUUGAGUUUGUUCCUGGGCAACCCUACCGGGGCCGCAUGUUCCCUGUUGUUCCCAGCGUUCCUCCACAGAGCUCAGUGACUGAGAGGGAACAGAUUGCAGUGGGCAGGGGGCCGCCGCUUUGCCGGGAUGCUGCAAUGGGGCAGUGCUUUCGUGGGGAGAGCUGCAUGUAUCUCCAUGGAGAGAUAUGCGAUAUGUGUGGGCGUCAGGUCUUGCACCCUCUGGAUCCUGUGCAGAGGGAACACCAUAUAAAGGCUUGCAUUGAAGCACACGAGGAGGAUAUGGAACUCUCGUUUGCAGUGCAGCGAAGUAUGGACAAAGUGUGUGGCAUCUGCAUGGAGGUUGUCUAUGAGAAAGCCAACCCCAGUGAUUGCCGCUUUGGCAUCCUCUCCAACUGCAACCACACCUACUGUCUUAAGUGUAUCCGCAGGUGGAGGACUGACAAACAGUUUGGCAACAGGAUCGUCAAGUCCUGUCCACAGUGCAGGGUCACCUCCAACUUUGUCAUUCCCAGUGAGUUCUGGGUGGAGGAGGAGGAAGAGAAGCAGAAACUUAUUCAGCAGUACAAGGAGGCAAUGAGCAACAAGACUUGCAGGUAUUUUGCUGAAAGCAGGGGUUUCUGCCCAUUUGGAGAGAACUGUUUUUACAAGCACGCAGACCCUGAGGGCCCGGGAGAGGAUCCUCAGAGGCAGGGUGCUGGGGAAUCCGGUGCUCACUGCAGUCAACUUUUGGAGCCUACUCAGGUGGGAGAGGGUGAGAUGCCCUUUAAAAGCGGUAAAAAAGAGCUUGUCAUGCUUCGGCUGGCCAAUCUGUUGUUUAAGUGUUUUUUUUCACUGGCAGAUGAUGAGCUUUCUUUCUCAGAGGACCAGUGGGACUUGCUUCAUUAUGAGCUGGAAAAUUUUUUUCAGUUUGAAUCUGUGGCAUUAUGCUGUGGCAUGUGGUCUGGUGUGCUAAGGCUCUGCCAUCCGCUGUUGCUUGUUUUCUGUUUGUAGUCACAUCUAUCAUUCACAGAGACUAUUGAAGCCAUUUUUAUAAAGCAUCCAUCUCUGUUUUCUUGUCCAUCCCCAUUUCAAGGUUAUGGUGCUUUACUGUGGUGAACUGUAACAAAAAGUCCUUAAAGUUAUUGUUUGAUGCAAUGAAUAUUACUGUAGUUUAUGGUUUAUUUUGUCAUCUCUGUUUUCAACAGGAUUGACUCAGUUCUAGUCUAGUGUUUACAGAAUUUCCACACUCAUUUUGAAGUCCCUCAAGAAUAAAUGUGACAGGGUGAAGGGAGAAGUCUUAACUGAACAAGGAGCUUUUUUGCUACUACAGCCUUAAGAAAUGGACCCUCGCAGGGCCUUUGUGGUACAACUGCUCAUCUUUGUUGUUUACAUGUCUGUUCCUUCCCUCAUUCCCCUUCAAGUGCACUCUUGAACAUGUGGUUACUUUGUGGUUUUGUGUUUUACUUGACCAGAACCAGGUGUGUAUGUUUACAUGUUUUUAUCCUGUGAAGCUUGAUGUGAAAUUAUUUAUAUUUGAAAGUAUAUAUUUAAUAAUUAUGUGUAUGGAUAUAAAUGUGUAUAAAAGUUCUAUCAUUGAAAAUAUAUAUAAAAGAUACACCAUCAUAUAAUAUAGUAUCUGGAAGAGCUGGAAGCUGACGGUGAAAAGCUAAUAGGAUUUGCUGUUGUGUUGAGUGUGAGGUGUGUAAAUAAUCAUUCUGUCCUUUUCGCAGGCUCAGUGGUUAGCAUCUAAUGAAAACAUAUUCAAGUGGCUGUGAUCAGUUGUAGCAGACACAGAUAAAGCAUUUACAAAUUAAGACAUUGGUAAUUCCUAUGAUGGCAUUAAUAGCUCACUGUGCUAUUAUACAUACAGAAAUGUGUGUUCUCAUGCUGUUUAGCAUAGUAUCAUUAUUCCUUAUAACAGCACAAUCAGUCCUGAACUCAGAUAAACAGUUCCUUGUGUUCAAUAUUUUGUGGUAUCUCUAGAAAUUAAAAAAGGGGGCUUUUGACAAAAGUUUUCAAUAUAUAAAUGACAAGAUUGUAAAAGAUAGUAGAAUAACAAAAGUAUUGAAACCAGUUGUAAUAUAAGAAUGGAAAGAUUAAAAAAGUGAAAUAUAUAAAGGGACAAAAACUAAAUACAGUAGUGA